AUGUUCUUCUGGAAUGCCUUCAUUGGCCUCGUUGCGCUUCUUACAGUAGCAAAAUGUGAUAUUCUUCAUGCUUUGGAGCUAGAUUUGGCCGCCAUGCAACUGCCGGAAUCCAUCAUACAGAUCACCAACGCCAAUCUACUGAUCAUUUCUCGUCCCGACAGAGACCACUUCACUCUUUUGGUUUUAACUUCAUCGGACGAAAAACACAAUUGUGAAGCAUGCUUGCAACUUAAACGAAUCCUUCCUCGCGUAGUUUCUGUGUGGUACCAGAACUAUCCAGCGUCGCAGUAUUUGUACUUUGCAGAAGUGGACAUUGUUGAUCGUUCUAAUGUGGACAUAUUUAAUCACCUCAGGCUUAGGGAAGUACCACAAGUGUGGCUUAUUCCACCAUCUAGCAUUGCUGCGCUUCACGAAAAGCAAAGACUCAAGAAGUACGAUAAGGAAGGAAACGAAUACUUCGAGAAUUACGACAUCUUGCAAGAGCCACAUGCCCAAUUCAGCAUCCCGGACACUUCCCUUGAUGACCAGGUGUUUAAAUUUGCCGAUUGGCUUGCCAUUGGCACUCUGAAGCUGAUUGUGGUCAAUCAGGAAAACCCUAUCAAGAAGUUUGGUCUUACGUUUGGAGCCACGCUCGGAACCAUUUUGUUAAUCAAGAAAAGAGGUCCCAGUUUCAUUACGAAUACUAUUACCAAAGGUAGGAUUUACCAGGUGGUGCUGAUUGUGAUGUUGUUGCUCAUUUUGGGUGGAUAUUCAUUCACUACCAUUCAACAGGUCCCAUUCAUCGCACAGAACGACAAGGGCGUCCCAAUUUACAUCAGCGGAGGUCUUCACUAUCAGUUUGGCGUGGAGAUGCUACUCGUGGCUUUUGUCUACUUCUCCCUUGCUGCUGCUUUGGUGGUUUUAGUCUACUUGGGCAACUACAAGGUCACUGACAUUAGUGCAAUCAAAACCGACAACACAAAGGCGUUGAUGCAAAUUUUAGCCGCCGGAGUGCUUUAUCUCCUAUUCAGCUGGCUCACCAGUAUCUUUUUAAGAAAAUCACUGGAUUACCCAUUCCCGUUGUUGAAGGUGUUAUAA